GUAGGCUCAUACAAUCACGUGAUAAGUAGAUAAAAGUAGGUAUUAAUGAAGAAACGUAAACAAAGGCCUAAGAUAUAAGCAGCAACCCGCCAUUACUGUUUGUUUUCCUUUUUUUUUCUGUUUAUCAAUUUACACCUGAGAGUCACAAGGCCACACUAUCUUGACCACUGCCCCUUGUUCUGGAGCGUGUGAGUGUAGAUGCAGUAGUGUGGGAGGGAAGGCAAGCUGGAGUAUACAUGAUUGCUACAUGUUACGUUCAUAGAAGAAUCAGACUGGAACAAACUUUCCUCUUGUGUCAUUUUGUGCGUCAUUUAGGGAGUAUUUUCCACCACCAUCGCAUAAGGAACACCUGUAACCGCCGUGGAUCAAAGGAGCCUGCCAUGGGUUCAAAAUGAGAGCUGCAUGGUAAGCUCUGCCUCCGUUGAGCAUUGUGCAGAGUGCUGGACUGUUGUCAAGAACCUGCUGCACCCUCAGCAUGUGGCCUCUCUUUAGAGAAAAGAUGUGGCGUGUGGUGGCGGCAGUGGUGACGGUGGCAACUCUGGUCCACCGCACUGCAGCAGAUGUGUUGGUGAAGAAGGGUAACCAAACUGUGACCAUGUUUGAAGACUCCCCAGCCAGUUUUGGACCUUUGAUAUCCUUAGAUGGGUUCCAGGGUGUGGCAAUAGCAGUGGAUCCCCCUGAUGCUUGCAAACUGCCUGUUGUGCCCCCAAGUCCUAAUGUCUCCAAGUAUUAUGGGCCGUGGAUUGCAGUGGUGAGGAGGUACAACUGCUCCUUUACUGACAAAGUUCUCAAUGCUCAGCAGGCUGGCUACUUGGCUGUUAUAGUCUACAAUGUCGGCUCCAAUGAGUUGUUACGUAUGGGCAGCAAUGACUCCACCAUAGCGAGCCAGGUGAACAUUCCCUCUGUCUUCAUUGGUGCAGAGGAUGGCUUUCUCAUCACCAAGCGCUUCUCCUACAAAGCUGGCUUCCCUAUUAAGUAUUACCUGGAGUUGACGGAUGACCUGCCCUUCAACUUAGCCAACUACCUGGUUCCCUUUGCCAUCACCAUUGCCAUCUGCUUCAUAGUGAUGCUCUCUUUUAUGAUUGUGAAGUGUGUGAGGGAUUACCGUCGCUCUCGCCGUCACCGCCUCUCCUCUCGCUCUCUCAAGAAGCUCCCCAUCCAUAAGUUUAAGAAGGGUGACCCGUAUGAGUGCUGCGCUAUCUGCCUCGAGGACUAUGUAGACAACGACAAAUUGCGUGUCCUUCCCUGUGAACAUGCGUACCACUCAAAGUGCAUUGACCCAUGGCUGACCAAGAACAGGCGUGUGUGUCCAGUGUGCAAGAGGAAGGUUUUCACCGGGGACGAGCGAGCAUCGGACCUUGAAACAGACUCUGAGGAUGAGACCAGCCCUUUAAUUAACUCGGAUGGAGGGACACAGGGUGGUACCUUUGCCAAUCAGAGGGAAAAUCCAUUUGUGGAGGCUCUGAGGCAAGCUGAUGAGCAGAGGCGGAACAGAAGGCGGAGGAGGGUGUCCCGCAACGUGGAAUGUGGACCUGAGGGAUACCAGCGAUUAGCAGAGUCUUCUUCUGAGGAGGAGGAGGAAGAGGAAGAGGAACAGGAACAGGAACAGCAACAGGAACAGGAACAGGAGAGACAUGGUGAGAGUGCCACUAGUCCUUCCACCAAUGAAAAUGCUUCAGGAGGAGAAGAGAAGGCAGCCGGAGAAGCCAAGGACCCCACAACUGUCACUGUGGUGGUGCACGACGCUGCCACCCGAAGGGACACGCCUACUGACACUUCCAGCCUGAUGAGUUACGGCACUCCUCCCGGCCCGGUGCAGAUUGCCGUGGACAUUGUUAACUCCACUGACUCCUCCACCACUGGGAGUCAGCCAGCGCCUCCACUCCAGUCCUCCAGUGAUGCCAGAUCUGAUCAUGAUUAUGUGGUCUGAAUGUGAUCAGAGCCAAAAAACUGAAUAUCCAAGGUUUGUUGAUUAUUGUUAGUCUUUACACAAGUUGUUGUUUGCAUAAUGUAGUUCUUGAGGGACUUACAUGAACUGGGCUAAACUAAGCAACAUGUCUGUGACUGUAAUGUUUGUUGUAAGAGUCUAAGUACAUAACUAUAGUAUUUUUAUAUAAGGUGACAACGAUUCGUUUUAUUUCACUUUCGUCAAGCAGUGUACACAUUUCUGAUUUGUAGGAAGAUGUAAUGGAGUGGAGUUCCUGAAAUCUUGUCCUUAAAUAAUUCAACAUUCAUUACAAAGUGUGUUAUUUUUUGUGUAAUGUUCAUAUUUAGAGAAGGCAAUGAAUGCUUUUAAGUCACUGUUACUAUAGCAGAGAUGGUGCCCUCAGUCUUUGUAACUCUGAAGAAAACUACAUCCCUAGUGUACAGAGCUCAGAGGUUUUACGAGUAUAUUCUUAACUGAUGGUGUUGGCUGAGCUACACUUAACUGUGGUAAUGGUUGUGAGGUGUGUGACCUACCUCGUUAGUACACCCUUGCCAACACUUCCAAAAACAGACUUCAUGCCACAGACUUGAAAGUGAGAGAGAAAGAGAGAGAAAUAGGGUUUCAUGUUUUAUUUAGAAAGUAUUAUAUUUGAGGUAUUUUCAACAUAUUUAGAUAUAUCAAUGAUUUUUUUUAUUUCUCUCUCUCUCUCUCUCUCUCUCUCUCUCUCUCUCUCUCUCUCUCUCUCUCUCUCUCUCUCUCUCUCUCUCUCUCUCUCUCUCUCUCUCUCUCUCUCUCUCUCUCUCUCUCUCUCUCUCUCUCUCUCUCUCUCUCUCUCUCUCUCAUAUAUACCAAUGACUAGUAUGUAUAUCAAAGCAAAUUUUCACAUUAUUCGUCACAAAGAAAUUAAUUAAAUCUCACAAAGAAGAUUGGCUUUACAGCAACUUUUGAAUUAGUAUCCCAGCUUGAGUACUUCCAUUUGUGAGUCUUAAGUUUAACACAACCUAGAACCACCACUGCCUCUUGUAUUCUCUAGGACUCUUUAAUAUUGCCUAUCCCAACUUGCUUACGUGCCUAGAAUGACUGGCUAUUGUAUUACCUAGAACUCCUUUAAUCUUGACUAAUCCAACUUGCAUAUCUGAUACUUCACGAGCAUUUCUUUUUAUCAUUUGACAACCUUUCUUUCUCUAACAUGAGCCAACUUACUGUGAUGCUUAGCUGUAUACAUUAGACCUACAUAUUAUUUUUACUUAUAUCAGUUUUAAUAAACAUUUUCUGUAUUAUUACUGUAGUUCAUAUUUUUAGUCUUCACAUAAUUCAUCAUUCAGAUGUGUAAUUAUCCCCCAAAGAGCCUAGUUUUGUCUUAUUCUUGAUGGAAAAAUCCAGUUUGUGACAGAAAACUCUGACAUUCUUGCAUCUUCAUUAUUUCUGCAGUAUUGGCUAGUAGGGGAUUUUCUGUAGCUUCUUGAUGAUGGCUGUGGGAACUAAUACACUCUUAGGUUGAUGGGAAGUGUGCUGUGGUGCACGGUCAGUGACGGCCUGUAUGAACCACUUGAGUGACACGCUGUUCUGACAGAUUAAGUGGGAUGCAGCACUGAAUUGAUGGCACAGAUCUUUGGAGGUGAGAUUGGUGUCUGAAGUGCAGAUCUAACAGUGCAGCAUUCACCACAUCUAUUUAAAACUUUAUUGGAAGAAUUGUACUGAAAUAAAUGGGAAGAUGCAUUGUGGCAAUAAUGAUUAAAAAGAAUAGAGGUUAAUAAUAGCCUAUGUACUCAUUUGUAUUAUCCUUUAUAUUGGCAUUAUUAUUAUUAUAAAAAAAUUCAGUCUACUAACUCCAUUAGAAGUGUAAGCUAAAUAUUCUCCACUCGGUCAGUUCACAAGUCGCUGCUUCCAUCAUUCAUAGCUUGUAGUGAGAACCAGGGGACAAUAAACACUGGCAGCUUUGUGUCUAAGUCAUUUUGAGAGCUACACAAAUACUCAGCUUCCAAAACAUACCAAGAAAUUCACCUGUCGUGCCUCUCAAGAAUGCUGGUAUAAAGAGUUCAUGGUCAUGUUUUUACUGCCAUUCAAAGUACAGCCGGGAUUCAGCAUUUUAGCAUCCUCCUUGGUUAGUAGUUGGGCUAAGGCCAUGUAGAGUAAGGCUGGGUGGCUUGACUUGCACUAACUUGGCAAUUGAUGAAGUGUUAUUGUAAGUUCCUUUAAAUACUUUACUGUCACAAUACUCAACAUGCUCACUAGACAGACAGUCUUAUGUGGCUAAUAUAAAUACAGGUAAAGGGAUGUAAUGUAGCAUUCAUAUGCCAUGCAUCAUUGUAUCCCAUGCUGAGGUUCCCUUUAAAGACACAGGCACAGACAAGACAUAUCACAUUUCAUUUUGGGAUAAGAAUGCAGAGGAGAAAUUCCCAUUCCUGUUGCUCUGUCUCUUUAGUUCCAUACAGAGCUGAAAGUAUGAGGGAGGUGUUGAAAAUUAUGAAUUCUGAUACUUAAUUGCUAGCUAAAAAAAAUCCUGUCUCUCAAGUGAAUACAAAAGCUGAAAAUAUGAGAGAGAUGUUGAAUAUGAGGAAUUGGGACACAUCAUGGUUAAAUAGUUAUUAGAUACUUUUGCUAACUGCUCAUGUCUGACCAACACUACGUCAUGCACACUUAUUUCCUGUCCUGAUGACUGAUAGUGUCACAGUCUACAAGGCCAGCAAUGUCAUGCCUUGUUGGUUACCCAGUCUUGCACCAUGUCUGCCUUCAGCUCUCACCCAACCAGUGGAUGGGUGUCGAAACUCUAUCUCUGGCUGUACUUACAUGCUGGAGUGUAGAUACUGUGCUGUCUUUUAUAACCAGUGUCUGCAGUAAAGAGCUUACACACUUCAUGCAUUUUGACCGCUUAUUGAAUCUUUUUUAGUCACAAUAAAACUUGUGUACUUUUAUGGAGUCAAGUUUGUGUUUGUUUAAAGUGGAGUUUUGAUUUUUAUUAUUCUAUAGAAGAAAUGUAAUUUUUGUAACAAAGGUUUGCAUCAUAUGACUGGAGGUACAGUACAUGGCUCAGUCAUGUCAUGCUGGCCACUUACUAUAGAUCAACAGACAAUCUCCAGCUCCUCCAGGGAAGAAAAUACUGAUUUACACUGGCUGAAUUUUUCUGAUACCCCAUUUAUCUCAUUUACAGUACAUAUAUUGUUUAGCAAACAUGUAUAUGCUUUAGUUGUAUGAUAUUUAGUGUGAUUUCUCUUAAAUGUGAGAUUAUUUCUGACCUGUGCCGUAGUUUUAAGUUAUAAUGCACAUUUACCCUCAGUAGGAACAAAGGUUUGUAUAUAAGAAUAUAUGUGUGUAUGUGUUAUGUUAGUGCGUAUAUUUGAUGCAUAGAUAGUGUUCUCAUUUAUGAACAGGUUUUCCUGUUCACUAUAUAUAUACAUAUUCAGUAUAGUGACUUUAUUAACAGCAUAUAUAUUUGUUGGUUAAUGAGGCUAAAUUGGCAACCUAGAGAUUAAUAAAAGAGAAGGACAGACAAGGAACUAGACAUAAGGAUGAGAUGGACAUUUUGCUGGGAUGCCAAUGAUAGAUGGACAGCCGAGUUUUGAGUGAAGGGAGAUCUUUGUUCUGUGCUGGAGUCAUGGACACUGCUCCUGAUCAUGAUGGCAAACUGAGUGGCAUAUCGGCAUAUCAUGUACAGCUGAAAUGCCAAUGAGCACUUAUAGAUCAGAUUCAAAGCCAAGCAAUUGAAAUUUUAAUAGAUUGCCCAGCUCUUAAAGAUAAAUGAAUAGGCAUUUUUAAACAUACUACUAAAGAGAACUGCAUUGCUAUGUUGAUUGUGUGUGUCAUGGAUGCCAGUGUGAACUCCUGUGGAUUCAAAAUACAGAGGAAGUAAAAUUAUCACAACCAGUGUCUGCUGUGAUCAACUUCAGCGUAAUUCAUCAAAUAUUUUCUCGUAAUUUGUUUUCCUUGUUUUUAUUUUGGUUCCUGGCCAGCCAGUGAUGCACAUAGCUGCCAGAACCCUUGAUGUGUGAGAUGAGUUGUAUGUUCCUAAGUGAAUCGACCUCGGUGCUGUGCAGAUGUAUGCUGGAUGAGCUCUUUAUGUAGCAUGUUCAAUAUGUACAUGUAUUUUAAUAUAUACACUACCCUAAGGAGUUUUGUCUACAACCUAUGGUGAGAUGCAAUAUGACUUUAUUAUAACUCUAGGUGGAAAGAAAAUGUUAUGCUGAUGUAACAAGUUUAGUUUAAAAUGAAGCUUAAGAAAAGUUG